AUGCCAACCGCAACCGCAAAAAUCGGGUCCACCGUGAUCGCCACGACGGACACAUACGAGACCGUCGAAGGGAACAUCUACUUCCCCCCCAACUCCGUCAAGAAAGCCGAGCUGUCCUUCACCGACUCCACCACGCACACGCACUGUCCAUGGAAGGGAGACGCAAGCUACUAUAACAUCACCGUCGACGGAAAAGAUGUCAAGGAUGCCGCGUGGUAUUACCCCGACACGUUCGAGAAGGCGAACCAUAUCAAGAACUACGUUGCCUUCUGUGAGUCUUUCCCGUCGUUGUAA